AUGAAAAACAACGUCGACAGCGGCUCUGCUGUAAUUCGUCAAGUCUCGGCUGAAAUUACCACGAUUUCAAUCCCUUUUGUUCAGUUUGGUGUACUCAAAACUGGUGGACGCACCACAAUCGUUCGACUCAGAUCUGGGGCUCUGGUGGUUAUAUCUCCUGUAUCAUUGACCGAGUUUUGUCACAAAGUGAUUGCAUCGCUCGGCGGCAACGUAACGUAUAUUGUUGCCCCCAACCUAGAGCAUUACCUUCACAUCGGGUCUUGGAAGGCUGGGUUCCCUGAUUCUCGUCUGAUCGUUCCGCAAGGUCUCCCUGAGAAGUGGCGUACAAAGCCAACUUUAGGGGAACUGCACUUCGAUGUUGUCGUAGCUGGCUCUGAAAGUAUUUCCGCAGAAUUCGAUCAAGAGUUUUCUAUCGAAUAUAUCGGGGCUAUGGCUUCUCAUGAGAUUGUUUUACUACACAAGCCAACGUCAACUCUAAUAGAAGCAGACCUACUCUUCAAUAUACCAGCUACGGAACAGUUCUCCAAGACAAGUAUUUCGGCUAUGUCUGGCUUUUUGAACAGUUUGAUUGCUACUCGGGUAUUCUCAACGGGACUUUCUUCGAUAUGGCAGAAAAGAUUGGGAUGGCACGUACUGGGUGCAAGUGACCGAUCCGGGUUCGGGGACUCGGUACGGCAUAUCUACGAGUGGGAUUUUGACCGAUGUAUUCCUUGCCACGGUGAUGUGAUAGAAACCGGUGCAAAAGAAGUCUUCGAAGAAAUAUUUGACUGGUAUCUCUUUGGGAAGAAUUGA